GUACCUUCAGAGUAAUUGCUGCAUAUCUUGUUUUUCUGUAGCUAUGAGAAAAUAAUUUAUAAAAGUUGUCUGGACUUUAUAAUGAGAAUUUGCUGACAAGCAAAGACCCUGGAAUAUCAAAGGCAUAUGGACUGUGUGAAGAAAGAAAAAUGGACAUGUUCUCCUUUGGGUGAUGGAAUCAAAGAACAUAUAUCAUAUCUCUCUCUAGAUAUGCUUUCAUAAUAUGAACAUAAUCCUCUUUUGUGUGCAUUGUCAUAGAAACCAAAAGGAUUAUAGAGAGCUGAAUACCUGAUGCUACCUACUAUUAUCUUUUUAACCCUUUAUGAUUUAAAAAAAUACAAAUAAAUAAUAAUUAACUAGAAGGCCAUUUGGAGAGCUGAGACCUCCGACAUGGCCAUGUCUGAUCUUGUAAUGUUAAUCCAAAAUUUGAUGGGUUCUUUCUUGGGCUACGUUUACAUGAUGACUGUCUGAACAGAAGACGCAAAAGUGGCGUCUCGUCUUCACUUUUUAUUCCGCGUUUAGACGAGCGUUUUUGGGAGGAAAUCUGCGUGCAUACGGUGGCGCUAAAGUGUGUGAAUUGGAUUGGGUAUGCAUGCCAGGCAGCAUCACUUAAAGCGAUAAGAGCAUCUUUGGGCAUGUGGAAAAUUUCACAUCACGCAUUUUCAUCAGCUACUCCUUCCACAAAGUUCUCCACCAUCCACUAGAUCUCCCAGGUCUCGUCCAAAGCCGUCUGGCUCGCCUCCGACCAAUUGGUGCAUCCAAAAUGUGAUAGAGGUAAUUACAGAUCCUUCUCUGUUCACUAAUACUAUCUGUACAUAUCCUGUACAUUUGGUGGAAAGACUCCUGUAAGUUUAUUAGAGCUGCCAGAGCAGCUUGAAGGUCUGACGCAUGGAAAUAAUCCCACAUGUUUCUUUAUUUCCCUGUACUGGCACAUGUAUGUGACGUAAACACAUACGUGACGUGAGCAGAUCUGAGCAUAGUUUUGUGUCUUGGCAGUGUAGACGGACACGCUACGGUGGAACGGAUUACAGUUUUCCACUCUGGAGGGUGGUUUCAGAUUUUUGCGUUUUUAAGCCCCAAAAACGGCGUCACCGUCUAAACGAAAGGCACUUCCUAUAAAAUAUUUUGUCAUUUUACCUGCAAUCGUCCUCAUGUAAACGGGGUCUUCGUCCAUGCUACACCCUUCCACCAAGUCUUUGGCCAGUAGUUUUUCUGUCGUCCUACUGACCAACAGACAAACAAACAAACCAAACCAAGAACAUAACUUUAGUAUUUGAAAGACUGCAGCUCCUCCCAGUGACAGCACCAGUAGAGCUGUUUACCAUAUGUACGCCAGGUAUUCAAUAAAAAAUUAAAUGUCUGCUCCCCUACAUUUGUUGAGACAGGAAAAGUAAUCAGUCAACUAUUGAUCAAUUGAUAUAUCUGGUCUAUCUUCUUGGUGAUCUGUGGUAUUACAAAUUCCAAGAAAGUUAUCAUCAUAUUCCCACCAAAAGCGAUCAUGGAUUUCAAUGGGAGCCUGGACUAUGGGUCCUAUCCAACAGGGAUGCCCUAUAACACGAGCAUGGACUACGAGGACUACUACCAGGAACCUGACGCCAGCAAAAUCAUCAUCCCCUCCAUCUAUGCUCUUGUCUGCUGUGUAGGUCUUACUGGUAAUGCCAUGGUCAUCUACGUUAUUCUGAAAUAUGCCAAGAUGAAAACAGCCACAAACAUUUACAUCCUCAACUUAGCGAUUGCUGAUGAGUUGUUCAUGCUCAGCGUUCCUUUCCUGGCCACAUCAGCUGCUGUCCGUCACUGGCCCUUCGGGUCGCUCAUGUGUAGGUUGGUGCUGAGUGUAGACGGUAUCAAUAUGUUCACAUCAAUCUUCUGCCUGACUGUGCUGAGUGUGGACCGCUACGUAGCAGUAGUUCAUCCUAUAAAGGCUGCCCGCUACCGCAGACCCACUGUAGCCAAAGUGGUCAAUGUGUGUGUGUGGGGGCUGUCGCUCAUUGUCAUCCUGCCCAUCAUAAUCUUUGCAGACACUGUCCCAGCCCAGGACGGUGGUGUGGACUGUAACUUCUUGUGGCCUGAAUCGGCGUGGUCAGAAGCUUUUGUGGUUUAUACCUUCCUGUUAGGGUUCCUGCUGCCUGUUGGAGCCAUCUGCCUAUGCUACUGUUUAAUGGUGGCCAGGAUGCGAGCAGUGGGACUAAAAGCAGGCUGGCUUCAACGACGGCGCUCGGAGAAGAAGAUCACCCGCAUGGUACUGCUAGUUGUGGCUGUGUUCGUUCUCUGCUGGAUGCCCUUCUACAUCGUCCAGCUGGUCAGCGUUUUCCACAGGCCCCCAGACCCCAUGGUCACUCAGCUUUUUGUCAUCCUCAGCUACGCCAACAGUGGCGCCAAUCCUAUCCUGUAUGGCUUCGUGUCUGACAAUUUCCGGCGUUCAUUCCAGCGCAUUGUGUGUUUCCGGUGGCUGGAGUCUGGGCUGGAUGGAGAGCAGGUGGAUUAUUGUGCUGUAGCUUUGAAGAGACAAGCAACAUGUAGCCCUCUGGAUUUUCCCAAGGACUGUAUGGCUUCUGAUAUGGUGUUUCGCAAUGGGACGUAUACCUCCCGCACAACCACAGUGUAACCAGAACAGGGCUGAAACAAGCAGCACCAACCUAAAGUAGAGGAUUUCCACCUUGGACUUAUACUGGGGAGGGUUUCAUCUGGAGGACACAAGUGUGCCAUUCAAGAAUUUACUUGACAACAAGUCAACUUCUUAGGUCAUGUCAGUUUUGGGACAUGGGCCACAAAGUUAAGAAACUCAGAAGAACAAGUAACCCAUAAGAACCCAUGGUGACUCGUGUAACAAACACUUAAAUCUUCUAUAAUCUCCGAUAUUCAGCUUUAUGCUUCACAUUAACUCAUUAAAUCCCUAAGCGACACAUACUCAACACCCUGGUGUGGUGGUCAUGUGACAGUCAUGUGACUUUGACAGGAAGUGACUUCUCCAAAAUGUGGCUGUGACUGGAAACAGAAAUGUGAAAAAGUAUCUAAUUUCAAAAAGGUUAUUUUUGUUACUAUGGGCUAAGUUUAAACCCAUUUAACAAUUCUAAUCCGUUAACAGGAUGUCCUGUAUUGCAUUGAACUUGUUCUGACCAUUUCCUGAACAAUUUAAAGUCACAUUUUUGAUAUAUGUUAUGUAGAUGCAAACAAAAAUGCAAAUGGUUAUUUGUUUUUAUUUAUUAUUGAUGUAUUAUUAUUAUUUUGUUACUUUAAAAAAAAUCUGAAAAAAAAUUUGAUGUUAAACAGCACCAUUAAUGUCACAAUUUUGAUAAAUGUUGUGGAGAUCCAAAGAAAGAGGCAAAUUUGUGUUUCUGUAAGCAGAAAAUGUGUCUAUUUUUUAUUUUAAAAUAAGAAAUAUCAUAAACAUAAAUUCCAUAAACGCCCAAUGUAAUGUUUAUGUCACAUCACAGGUCUUUGACAUUUAGGGGUUGCAUUUUUUUAAAAAACAUCAUAAAUGUGUUCUAUGUGGUUCACUUGUUCUGUUGUAUAACCCCAUAAUUUUCCUUUAAGGACAACUGGGUCUGGGUUCUUAUGGGUUAAUUGAUGAGCAGAAUAUGGAUAGUUCUGCAGCUAAUCCAGCUGACUGACAUAUUGAGAGAAAAUGAAAAAGAAAAAGAUGUAUAUAACUGAAAGGAUCCCACUCACUUUCUGUUUUCAAGUGGGCAAGGAUGUAAAGCACAGAUGAAUGUAAUCACAAAAUGGUGAUGCUGAUUAACAUUUUGAUUCUGUUACUUGACUGAUGACAGGUAUAUAAGGCUGCUUAUGCAGCGGGUAAAGUCAUCACAAACGUGAAAUACCAUGUUUAUUUGUUUUAAUAUAAUCCAAUGGCACCCCAACAAUCCCCAAAUUAUACAGUUAUUUAUUAAAAUACUGUUUACUUCACUAACCGAGAACAGCUUGCAAUUAUUUCUCAGAAGCUGUUAUCUCAGAAUCAUAAGAUAAUUAACUCUAUAUCUCAAAGGACAACAUGAUGUUGAGAUAACAGCUUACUUUAAAAUAACUUUGGUUUAUGAAGAUGAGAUAAUUAACUCAUUAUUUCAAGGUAACAAAGGGGAAUUUUCCUUUCAUUACCCAAAGUGUGUCGGUCAAACCAGCCGACAGUUAAUGGAUUCAAACAGCUGAGCUGUUACCUUAUUUUUAAAAUUGAAUGCAGUCACACCUGGGUGAUUGUCAUGAAGCCAGUCUAAGUUAUGUCUGUGAAGAUUAUAAGGUCAUACUUUAUUAAACUAAAUAUAUUUCACUUUUAUAUGAAUGAACUGUAUAGCCAUAAUGAGGCACAAUAAAUUUGUUUCUGUGCUAAAAUAAUAUUUUCUAUAUUUUUAAACAUAUUUUUGAUUCAGAAAUUCAUUACCGUAAUGUGUCCAGAUAAAAAUGCAACCUGGUCUCACAGGAAUCCGUGAAAUAGCCACGGAUUUGCUUAACUGAAAAUCCGUGGAAUAGCCACGGAAUUGCUCAAAUUUCCAUGAAACUGACACGGAUUUCGCUACAAUGCAAGUUAAUGACAGUCAUAUCCCGUGGCUAUUCCAACAUACAAAGUGAUUAUGUACAUUCACUGAGUGAAUAUUUAGAAAAUAAAACAUAUGUUUCUCGCGACAAAAUGUGAUCAAAAUCCAUUUUUAUGCAGAAACUAAGUCAAAACAUUGAUUUUUUUCAUAUAUAAUAUGAGAGAACUGUCCGCCAUGUUUUUUGUUUGAGUGAUUCCGUGGCUAUUCCACGGAUUUUGAGUUAAGCAAAUCCGUGGCUAUUUCACGGAUUCCUGUGAGACCAGGUAAAAUAUUUAAAAAAACUUUAUAAAAAUAAUUAAUUUGUUUUAAAAAUUUAUAAUUUAACAGAAUAUAAUCAAUUUUUUUUUUAAACAAUGUAUAACGGACAAAUUCUGAAUGAAAAUUGAUGAGAAAAAAUGGUUAGAUGUUACGGUAAUGAUUAUUAUUUUAAUAAAAUACAUUUUGGUGAUACCAGCUACCCUUGAGCAUAUUUAAGUGCUUGCCAAAGAAAAAAACUAAAACAACAACAACCUUUGUUGUUUUUUUUAUUUCUAUGUAAAAAUGUGUUACGGUGAUGAAUUUUGUUGCUCACAGUGUCUCUAAAAAUGUCAGAAAAUACCUUAAAAUAGAUUAUAAAUUCAUAUUAAACAGUGACUUUAAAUUGUAUAUGUUAUAAAGGGUCAAAUACAUUUUCUAUUCAAUGCUCUUGGAUUUUUGCUACGAGCUGUACCAUGUUCAGGAGAAUCACCCUACUGUAUCCCUUCACUUACUUCACCAUGUCAAUCACUGUCAGCUUGUUCUGACGCGUUGGAUUGAAUUCAUUGAUGAAAGGAAACAAUCUUUGUCUUUCUUGACGCAACAAGUUUAUUAUCUCGUUAUCAGGCACAGCCAUUUUUGGCUUCCUGAGAUUUCAAAUUACUUUUACUUUUUUAUUGCUGUUAAGAUACAGUUUAUGAAACUCAACACUCCCAAACAAAACUGAUAUUUUGAAAAGCAAAUUAAAAGCCUGCAGUGAAAGCAUACCAUAACAUACCAUUCCCUUCAUACAGUUUAUCUUUUAUUUACUUUUUUUCCCACUGUUCUUGCUACAGCUCAGCUUUUUUUCCAACUUAUGUUGAAAUUACAUUAUGUUCAAACAUAAACAUUUCUCUGAAGUCAAGUUGUUUUUCUCACAUUUUAAACAUUUAUAUGAAAUUUGAUUUAAUGUUUUUUUCUUAUUUACCAAUUAAAUGAACCCUUUUAAUUUCAACAUAAUUUCUCAAAAAGCUUGUUUUACGAAUUUGUAAUUGAAUAUCAAACAUUAUAAACUCAGCUGGAGUUAAAAUUCAAAAGUUUUGAUUUCUUUACAGAAGAGGCUAAAUAAACAGUAAUGGGCCAGAUACAAUCUGUGAGCUGUGAGGAAAUGUGGGUGCUGUUGGGCAUUAUAUUUAAUCAGGAGGUAUAUUUUGAGUAAAUAUCUUAUUUAUUUGCCUUUAUAAUAGCAAUUUCUUUAGAAUGGAAACUAUUCUAAAUAGAUAUUGUUUAAAUUUCACCAUGUGUUCAAAUCUCUCUUUCAAACUUUUAGAUGUGAUUGAUCUAGUCUGUCUUAAAUGUAGUUGUUCUGGGGAUUUGUACAACACAAUUCAAAAUUGUUGAUGAAUUGAUGUCUCUUGGGAAAGGCAACAUGUGCUAAAGUAUGCUCGUGUGCUAAUUUAUUUUUCCAAUGACAAAUAAGAAUGACUUAAUAAUAUAUAUUUAAAAAAAAUAACACGGUAUGUUAUGGGGGGGAUGUAAUGUGUUGGGUGUGUGUUGGCCCUGAAUAUCACCCAGAUAAGAAAAUGGUUAAAAUCAUUAAUGGGUGUCACUUUCUCUCCGCUUUCUAAUGUUUGAUUCUUUCUGUGUAUGUUUCUGUAUUUGCUGUAUCUAUAUUUGUUAAUCGUUCAUUGGUGGAUAUGUUUGACUUUAAGGUUUGUCUUUGCAGAUUGAGCCAAAAUGUUCUGCUUCAAUUGCACAACAUGGCAGAAAUUGCUGAAAAAAAUGUAUAUGUUGAGUUAAUGUUUCAGAAUUACAAAGGUUCACAAAAU